AUGCAACGUCGGAGAAGCGUGGCAAAGGUGCGAGCCCAAGAACGAAUUAAGAAUUGUGAAGCCCGACAAGAACAAAGGAACAGUUAUGCGAGUGGUGUAGUUAUGUACAAAAGUGCUAUCAAGGAGGGCCCAACCCAGUCUCAUAAUAUUGAUAUAUCAGACAACUGGUUGCAACAGCACAACCAGUUAGUGGUUGCAGAUGCAAACGUAGAACUGGAGGAACCGGAAGAGGAUGAAGGCAUAGAAGAAGCAGAGCCUAUUAACCUGGAUGUGCAAGAAACGAUUUUAAUGACAGAUAAUAGUCAGUGCGGUAUAAGGAUAGUACCAGCUGAAGGGUAUAAGCCUCUUUCGCUUCUUUUGGACGAAGAUGCGGAAUAUUUAUCAUUUCCAACAAUUUUUGGUGACAAGAAACUGCAACCCACUUUUCAAGCUCGACCAGUGCCAUAUGCGGAUAUCUCCAAAUCUUUUGCAAUGUGUUAUGAUCGACGAGGAGCACGACGUCCCGAUUAUUUGCCUUUUAUGGCGAAAAAGGCUGAAUUGCUCAGACUAUUCAGUAAUAUGUUCUUAUGCCUCCGGAAAAAAGGAUUUGUAAUCGUAAUGACAUCAGCGCAGCCAGUCUCACCAGUCACGGCUUCAUCCAUGGGCUAG